AAGGAGAUGCCUCACAGCUCUGUUUCAGCCAGCCGGCGGAGCGGAAUCAGUAGCUUCACGGCAUUGGCGGAAUCACUAGCCUGUCUUUAGCUGAAGCCAUCCUCCCCUUCACUGGCAGUGUGGGAUGGGAGCCCUAGCUGGAAGCCUGCUAUGGAAAUGCUCUUUGCUCUUAUUAUCGUAGUACUGUGGUGACAACAUGCCGUUGAAAUGGAAAAGCGGUUCUCCCGUCAGCUGGAAAUUCCCAGUCCCCGUGCUUAAAACGUCGAGGUCUUCUCCACUCUCGCCUGCGUACAUAUCCCUAGUAGAAGAUGAUGACCCUCACAUGAAAGUGUCCCUGGGGAACGAUGUGGGUGUCUCUGCCCACCUACAGGCUUCGAAGACAUGCAACACCCGCGCUUUCACGAGCAACACCCAGAGUUCUGUCGUCCUCCAGGGAUUUGACCAGCUGAGGACAGAGGGCUUACUCUGUGACGUCACUCUCUUGGCGGGAGACGGAGACGAAGCCUUCCCAGUUCACCGGGCGAUGAUGGCCUCCUCCAGUGACUACUUCAAGGCAAUGUUUACAGGUGGAAUGAAGGAGCAGGACUUAUUGUGCAUCAAGCUUCAUGGUGUUAACCGGACAGGCCUGAAAAAGAUCAUCGAUUUCAUAUACACAGCCAGGCUCUCCCUGAACAUGGAGAACCUUCAGGACACGCUCGAAGCGGCCAGCUUCCUCCAGAUCCUCCCCGUUCUGGACUUCUGUAAAGUCUUUCUGAUAUCAGGGGUCUCCCUGGACAACUGCGUGGAGGUGGGCCGCAUCGCCAACACGUACAACCUCACGGAGGUGGACAAGUUCGUCAACGACUUCAUCCUGAAGAACUUCCCCUCGCUCCUGGCCACGGGGGAGUUCGUCAAGCUGCCCUUCGAGCGGCUGGCCUUCGUGCUCUCCAGCAACAGCCUGAAGCUCUGCGGCGAGCUGGACCUGUUCAAGGCCGCCUGCCGCUGGCUGCGGCACGACGACGGCCGCAUGGAGCACGCGGCCAAGCUGAUGAAGAACAUCCGCUUCCCCCUCAUGAGCCCGCAGGAGCUCAUCAACCACGUGCAGACGGUGGACUUCAUGCGCACCAACAACACCUGCGUCAACCUCCUCCUGGAGGCCAGCAACUACCAGAUGAUGCCGUACAUGCAGCCCGUCAUGCAGUCGGAGCGGACGGCGAUACGGUCGGACAGUGCGCACCUGGUGACGCUGGGCGGCGUGCUGAGGCAGCAGCUGGUGGUCAGCAAGGAGCUGCGUCUGUUCGACGAGAAGGCCCACGAGUGGAAGGCGCUGGCGCCCAUGGACGCGCCGCGCUACCAGCACGGCAUCGCCGUCAUCGGCAACUUCCUGUACGUGGUGGGCGGCCAGAGCAACUACGACACCAAAGGCAAGACGGCGGUGGACACGGUGUUCCGCUACGACCCGCGCUGCAACAAGUGGAUGCAGGUCUCCUGCCUGAACGAGAAGCGCACCUUCUUCCACCUCAGCGCGCUCAAGGGGCACCUCUACGCCGUGGGCGGCCGAAACGCCGCGGGAGAGCUGGCGACGGUGGAGUGCUACAACCCGAGGACAAACGAGUGGACGUACGUGGCCAAGAUGAGCGAGCCUCACUACGGUCACGCGGGCACAGUGUACGGGGGCUUCAUGUACAUUUCAGGUGGAAUCACACACGACACUUUCCAAAAGGAGCUGAUGUGCUUUGACCCGGAAGCGGACAAAUGGACUCAGAAAGCCCCCAUGACCACGGUGCGGGGGCUGCACUGCAUGUGCACGGUGGCGGACAGACUCUACGUGAUCGGGGGGAACCACUUCCGGGGCACCAGCGACUACGACGACGUGCUGAGCUGCGAGUACUACUCGCCGGCGCUGGACCUGUGGACGCCCAUCGCCGCCAUGCUGCGCGGACAGAGCGACGUGGGCGUGGCCGUCUUCCAGAACAAGAUCUACGUGGUGGGCGGCUACUCCUGGAACAACCGCUGCAUGGUGGAGAUCGUGCAGAAGUACGACCCGGAGAUGGACGAGUGGCACAAGGUCUUCGACCUGCCCGAGUCGCUCGGCGGCAUCAGGGCCUGCACGCUCACGGUCUUUCCCCCCGAGGACCUGAGCGGGUCGCCCUCCAGAGAGGGUCCGCUCUCCGCCCCUUGAGAGAGGAGGGGGGGGCUUAACCCCCCCCCUUCCCCCCUUCCCCCCUUCCCACUGACCUCCCCUCCUUUCUCUCCCUCCCGUCCCCAAAAUACUGUUUGCACUUCCGUUUCGGACUACGCCUGUGCACCCCCACAAUCCCUUGCUUAGUAGACUGUUUAUACAUGGCUGUUAGGCUGGCCUUCAGUUCGUACUCAUUUGAUGACAACUACUGACACUUUCAGAAAACCUUUAUGGUAAAAGGAACAACAUGGAUGCAGUUUCACUUAAUUGCAUUUUUUGGCAGGAAUACUUAAUGCCAUUGAAAACCAACUUGGCAAUUACAUUUUUUUACCUGAUGUCUUUAGAGUUUAUGCCCAGUGUCCUUUGAGGUUUUAUUUGUUAAUUGGGGAUUGGGUGGAUAGUGACAAUAUCAGUUCUUCGUACAAAGGUAGAUUUCUUUACACUACAACAGGGGUUAAGGCUAUUAACCCACGGAAAGGGAUGAAAGGUUUAAUCUCAGGGGAUGGCCGGCACCCCAGUUCCUCCAAAAAGUUUUUUUUCUGCAGGUGGUAUUAACCAUUAAUAAAAUGGUAUUUUCUAAAUUUUCUAAGAUUUUGGAGAAAAAAAUCUUUUUUUCAAUGUUCAGUGACUUAAUGCCAGAAAAUUCUAAUGUUUCCUUGUUGACUCAACCAUGUGUUAAAAAAGAAAAACCUUUCUCUGUCCUCCCAAGGUGCAAAGUAACAGUUCACCCAGAUUGACAUGUGACAAUCUCAUUGUGAGAAUGUAACAAUUUUACUGGGCAAUGAAUAAAGAUGCACUGGCAGCA